UUUUCAUGAGGCGGGCUUCAGUUCAAAAUCAAGUUGACCGAGAGGGAGAAGGACUUGCUUAUGUGAAUAAUCGCCAAUGUUCGUGCAAAUAAAAGUAAUGCUCUAGCGAAUUUAAAGUAAUUCGUUCAAUCCAGCAGACAAUUCGUUGCGUUAAAACAAAAUCGCUACAAUGCUCGCAGGAACGUGCACCAAAAGCCGACUGUGAUACGAUGGAAAUGCAGUGAAAAUUUCGGAAAACUCCUUAACAAUGCAACGAAUAUGUGCAACCAUUAGGACGCUUCCUGCCGGCUUCUCCUUCGUGCCAUCCUUAGCACCCAAGCUAAUCUCAGCACGAUGCUACUCGACCCGGCGUCCCGGCUUUUUCGCUCAGUUCUUCAAAAACGUCCAAGUAGAGAUCGAAAAGAGCAAAGAGGUGAAAGAGAAUGUGCAAAAGUUUCGCGAAGAAGCGCAAAAACUCGAACAAUCAGAAGCCCUGCUGGCAGCAAGGCAAAAGUUCAACACGGUCGAAUCACAGGCAAGCAAAGGCGGCCAAGUGCUGAAACAGAAUGUUGCUAAAAUACAAAACCGCAUGGCAAAGGUGUUAAAGGACGCCACCGACACGGAGCUGGGCAAGCGGCUAAGCGAAACGAUAUCACAGAAGGGUCAAGCGAUCGGCCAGUCUGGAGCGCUGCGAGGGUUUAGUGCAACGGCAAGAGCCGUACAGCAGGAGCUGGACAGCCAGAGCGUCGAUACGCGAGUAUAUCGCAGUCCGGCUAAGCUACAAAAGCGCUUAGAACUAGCAAACGGCACCGAUGACACCUCAAGCACGACGGUGCAACCGAACGCAGCCGCAACGGCCGUGGAGCUGCACAAGGACAGCAAAUUCUACCAGUCGUGGGAAAGUUUCAAAACCAACAACCAGCACUGGAACCGGCUGCUCGCGCUGAAGAUACAGUACGACGAGUCGGAAAACGUGGCGAUUCGCACGUCCCGGGCACUGACCGAUAAGGUGAGUCAGGUGAUGGGCAACCUUUUCUCCAAAACCGAACUGUCGGCAGCGCUGACCGAGGUGUGCCGGAUCGAUCCGAGCUUCGAAGCGAAACAGUUUCUGCAGUUUUGCGAGCGCCAUGUCAUACCGAACGUGCUGGAGUCGAUUUUGCGCGGCGAACUAGAUGUCCUGCGAGAUUGGUGUUUUGAAAGUGCGUACAGCGUGAUCGCGACACCGAUCGUGCAGGCACUAGAGGCGGGCUGUAGGUUUGAGUCGAAACUACUGGACAUCGAAAACGUGGAGCUUGCGAUGGGACAGGUGAUGGAGCAGGGCCCGGUACUGAUCGUGACGUUUCAGGCGCAGCAGAUCGUGUGCGUGCGGGAGGGUACGGGGGCGGCGGUGAUCGAGGGCGAUCCGGAGAAGGUUUUUCGCUGUCACCAUGCGUGGGUGCUGUGUCGCGAUCCGAGUGAGUUGAACCCGCAAGCGGCCUGGCGCAUCAUGCAGCUGUCGAUGAAUUGUAGGGAACAGUUUGUGUGAGGAUUGUACAAGUUUUGCACUACUUUCGCAAACCAUUACCAUUACUGAUUUGUUUGGAAUUGUUUAUGAACUUUUGAAGAACAAAUUAUUGCUUUAAAGAGUACAAAUUCGUUUUUAUGAAUUCUUUAGAAGUUAUUAGUUAGUUCAUUAAAACAAUAGUAUAAUAUGCAUAGUAUAUACAAAUAGGGUGAACUAAAUAUUUGGCAAAAUUUAACAAAAUUAGAGCAGGGCCAACGGUAGAGCAACGAGCGUUAUACAACUAUCUUUUGGUUUAUGCUAAUUCCUUACUUACAUGAUCUCAUGCAUCUGCAAAUUAUUCCAUCGAAUAAUAAGUAAAUUAUUUCAAGUACUCGUAUAACUGCCUAUUGUUCAGUACUCCAAAAUAUUUGAAUUACAUUACAUUAUCACAUUUUUUUCUUCCGAGGAAACCUCGCGUCGUGUAUUUUCGGCCUUACAUUAAUACAAAAAGAAUCGAAACCUACUAGAAAAAAGGCUCCAGUGGUAGACGAUCCAAUUCUUGGCAAAUGGGUUGGUUCAGUGUCGUUCUUUCCAUAUAGUAUAUUUCUUAUAGUUUCUUAUAUGAUAGUACUUCAUUAGGGCAUGCUGUUUACAUUAAUCAUUUAAUCGCCCACCAUACGAUCGUUUCCAUAAAACUAAUGCAUUUACAUAUGUUAGAGAUUAAUCACACUUUAAAUUUGUGUUCGUGUGUGGUUCAUUUUCUUUUGCCCAUAUCACACGAACAGAAAAUAGAGUAUUCAACAAGAACAAGAUGUGCCAUAAACUCGAUAUUUCUUUGCAAGUUUGGUGGGAAAAAUCGAUACAAUCAGCUGUGAACUACACCAAACAUUUUCAUACAUUAUUAAUUGUAGAACAGAGUAAAGGUCAAAUUUGCUUAAACGCCUUAUUGCCAUAUACAGUAAGAAAAUUUAAACAACGUCAAAUAGAAG